AUGGCGUUGAAAGAAUCUCCUCCUUUCUGCCCAAGAUGGCGUUUGAAUAGCAGGUCAGUAUGGCCGUUUCUGCUGUUCCUUUGGUGUCUCAGUCACAUCGCGUCUGGCCAAAUCAGAUAUACAAUUCCCGAGGAGCUCAAAAGGGGAUCUCUUAUUGGCAACGUAGCUCAAGACCUUGGUUUGGAUGUGCAAAGGCUUCUUUCUGGCCGUGCCCGUAUCGUGACCAGACAAAGCAUCCAGUACACCGAGCUGAAGACAGACAAAGGCAUUUUAGUCGUGAACGAGAGAAUAGACCGGGAGCAGCUUUGUAGAGACGUAACACCCUGCAGCUUCAGCUUUGAGGUGAUUCUAGAAAAUCCGAUGGAAUUACACAGAGUAACAGUGGAAAUAACUGACAUAAAUGACAAUUCUCCGACGUUUAGAAAGGAUGAAAUUAAAUUCGAAAUUAGCGAAUCUGCCACACUGGGAUCACGCUUUUUGCUGCCCAGUGCCGAAGAUGCAGAUGUAGGCAGCAACGGUCUCCAGAAAUACAUACUUACUACGGAUGGCAUUUUUGGUUUGAAGCAGCACUCAAGUCCAGAUGGUCGAAAAUAUGCGGAAAUGAUCUUACAAAAGCCAUUAGACAGAGAAAGCGAGCCAAGAGUAUCAUUGAAGCUCAUCGCUGUUGACGGUGGAAGUCCGCAUAGAUCUGGUACAGUAAAUAUAGAUAUUACAGUGCUUGAUGCUAAUGACAAUCCUCCCAUUUUCAACCAGACUCUCUACAGGGCUACUGUAUCGGAGAAUGCAUUAAAAGGCACCUAUAUAACGACAGUGAAUGCAAGUGAUGCAGACAGUGGAUCAAACGGUCUUGUCACGUAUAGAUUUUCAAACAUGAAAGAGCAGCUGGCUGACAUCUUUCAUUUAGACGAAAUUACGGGAACGAUAACACUUAUAGGACAAGUGGAUUAUGAAAAAGAUAAGAAAUAUGAAAUUAUGAUUGAAGCUAUGGACCAAGGAGGGCUGACAGACUCCAGUAAGGUGUUAAUUGAGAUUGUGGACGUCAACGACAACGCACCUGUCAUAAAUGUGAUGUCAUUCUCCAGCCCCGUGCCGGAGGAUUCUCCCUCGGGUACCACAGUGGCAAUAAUUAAUGUGAUGGACGCGGACUCAGAACAGAAUGGCCAAAUUAGUUGUACAACAGACAGUAGCCUGCCAUUUAAAAUAAAGUCAACAUUAACUAAUUACUAUGCAUUAGUGACAGACUCAGCUUUUGACAGAGAAGUUGUACCCGAGUAUAACAUAACUGUUAGGGCAACCGAUUCGGGAUCGCCUUCCCUGUCAAGCACAACAAUAUUGCGUCUGAGAAUCUCUGAUGUCAAUGACAAUGCCCCGUUAUUUAAUAAAAAUAGCUACGUUUCUCACGUCACAGAGAACAAUUCCCCUGGAAUGUCAAUAUUUUCCGUCAAAGCACGCGACGUUGACUGGAAUCAAAACGCCAGAGUAUCGUACUUUCUCGAGGAAACACAAAUCAAUGGUAGUCCAACUUCUUCUUAUGUCUCUAUAAACAGUGAAACUGGAGCUAUCCACGCAGUGCGCUCCUUUGACUAUGAACAAAUUAAACAGCUUCAGCUCGUAGUAAAGGCGCAGGAUGGAGGCUCCCCUCCACUCAGUAGCAACGUGACAGUGAAAAUAAUGAUCCAGGACCAGAACGACAACCCCCCUCAGGUCCUGUACCCAGUCCAGACUGGGGGCUCUGUGGUGGCUGAGAUGGUGCCUCGUUCAGCAGAUGUGGGCUACCUCGUGACUAAAGUGGUGGCUGUUGAUGUGGACUCUGGCCAGAAUGCGUGGCUGUCGUAUAAACUGCAGAAAGCCACAGACAGGGCGCUGUUUGAAGUGGGCUCACAGAAUGGAGAAAUAAGAACUAUCCGCCAAGUGACUGAUAAAGAUGCAGUGAAACAAAGACUGAGUGUGAUAGUGGAGGACAACGGGCAGCCCUCUCGUUCAGCGACAGUCAUUGUGAACGUGGCGGUGGCGGACAGCUUCCCUGAAGUGCUGUCGGAGUUCACUGACUUUCCACACGACAAGGAGUACAAUGACAACCUGACUUUUUACUUAGUGUUGGCUUUGGCUGUAGUCUCCUUCCUGUUCAUCACGUGUUUGGUGGUGAUUAUAUCAGUGAAAAUCUACAGAUGGAGACAGUCUCGCGUGCUGUAUCAGUCCAACCUGCCUGUGAUUCCAUAUUAUCCACCACGUUACUCAGACACGUUGGGGACAGGGACUCUGCCACACGUGUACAGCUACGAGGUGUGCAGGACGACUGACUCGAGAAAGAGUGACUGUAAGUUCGGCAGAGCUGGUAGUCAGAACGUGCUGGUAAUGGACCCCAGUUCAACAGGGACGUUGCAGCGGAUGCAGAGUGAGAAGAGCAUCCUGGAUGAACCAGACUCUCCUCUAGAGGUCAGUUAA